AUGGCGGCUCCCAAGAACGCUCUAAGAGAUGACUUGGUGAUGGCACAGAUCCUGAAAGAUAUGGCAAUUACAGAGUACGAACCAAGGGUUAUAAAUCAAGUGUCGGAAUUUGCUUUCCGAUAUGUGACUACAGUUCUGGAUGAUGCAAAAAUUUAUUCAAGCCAUGCUAAGAAACCUAAUGUUGAUGCAGAUGAUGUGAGACUGGCAAUCCAGUGUCAUGCUGACCAAUCUUUUACCUCUCCUCCCCCAAGAGAUUUUUUACUGGAUAUUGCAAGGCAGAAAAAUCAAACACCUUUACCACUGAUUAAGCCACAUGCAGGACCUAGACUUCCACCUGACAGAUACUGCUUAACAGCUCCAAACCAUAGGCUGAAGUCCUUGAUUAAAAAGGGACCUAAUCAAGGAAAACUAGUUCUACGGUUAAGUGUUGGUGCUGUUAAGUGCAGACCUACCACUUCUACUAUAGCGGCCCCACAAACAGUAUCUGUUCCAAAUAAGGUGGCAACUCCAGUGUCAGUGACAAGCCAAAGAUUUAUGGUGCAGAUUCCACCUCUUCAGUCCACACCUGCCAAACCAGUUCCUGCAACAACUACGGUUCAAAAUGUUCUAACUAAUCCUUCAAUGAUUGGACCCAAAAAUAUUCUUAUUACCACCAACAUGGUUUCAUGA